AUGGCGUCCGCCCGCUCCCCAGACGUGGAGGCCCAGGCGUGGCCGCAGGAGCCGCCCGUGUCGGCCGCCGCCGAGUGCGAGGGCGCCUCGAGCUCGGCGACGGACUCCUCCGUCCCGGGGAAGCAGCAGGGCCGCCCUGGCGCGAUCCUCGGCCUGCUCACGCCAGCGCAGUGGCUGUACUGCGCAUUCGCACUCCUGGCGGAGCUGGUGCUGGUGUGGCUCUCCCAGCAGGGCGUGACGGCGGCGCCCGCCGACGACGGGUGGGUCUGCACCGCCGCGCACUUGAUGCUCGUGUGCCUGUACCCUCGGGCUGCGCCGCCGGGAGGCGCCAGUCGAUCAGACGUCGCGCGGCUCGCGGUGGCCCCCGAGGCCGCGCCGGCCGGGCAGCAGGGGCUAGGGGUCGGGGCGGCGGCCGGCCCAGCAGGCGGGGGCAAGGGGAGGGUGUUCUUCCUGGACGGCGUCAAGACGCUGUGCACGCAGCUGGUGCUGGUCCACCACAUCAGCAUCGCCUUCGGGGGGGGUGGGCGGCAUCGAGUGGGCCCUCCGGCUGGGCCAGUGCCCGGGCAACACGUUUGGCAGUCUGGUGACCAUCUGGUUGCUGAUCCCGGACCAGUCCUUCUUCAUGUGCUUGUUCUUCUUUGUGGGGGGCGUCUUCGUUCCCUCGUCUCUGGAGCGCAAGGGCACCGGGGAGUUCGUGCGCGAUAA